CCCAGCCUCAGGCCUCCCUGCAGCAGGGGCUGUCGAACUCGGCACGAGGGGUCCUGUCCAACUUCGCCCAGGCCUCCCAGCUCUCUGUGGCCAGCAGCCUCAUGGGCAUGACCAGCGCCAAGCAUUGUGGCGGCAGCGGAGGCGGCAGCAACAGCAGCAGUAACAGACUGCAGCACGACAACCGUCGGCAGAUCUACAACAUCCCAGGGUUAAACAUCGCCUAUCUGAACCCAGCGGCUGUCGGAGCCCAUAAGAGCUCCAGCUUAGCAGACCGGCAGAGGGAGUACCUGUUGGACAUGAUCCCGCCUCGAUCCAUAUCGCAGUCGAUCACUGGACAGAAAUGAGCCCUGUCCAGCUCUUGCCCCUCGAAGCCACCUUCAUCUUCAUACCUAAACCAUACCGAAGCACUCCUAAAUCAGUCGAUCCCCUCUCCUCUUCACCUCUCAUCGCAUGCAGUGCCUGUCCAUGUGCCUACCUUAAACUGACCCAUAAAAACCCCACCGAGUUGGACGAGGACUCUAAACGACCAGUGCAUUUGACAUGCUCUUAAUAUAGUAAAAUCCUUCUUCUUCAGUCUAUUUAAGAAUUAUAAUUCCCCUUAUUAUAA